UCCGGGCGGCGCGUGCGGGGCCCGGCGCGGGGGUCGCGGCCGCACGUGCGGGGUGCGGAGUUUGCGCGCGGGGCCUGCCCCGGCCUCCCCGGCUCGGGCCGGCCUCUCCUCCGCCCGGCUCGGGCUGCACGUGGGGCCUGGCCCUCCCUCUCCCCGCAGGCCGGGAGCCGGGCUCGCGCCGGCAGGCUGGCCGAGCCGAUGGCCGGCGGCUGGAUGCUGCUGGGCGGGGACUUCCUGACCCCGCAGCCGCCGCCGCUGCCCCCGGUGCCGCCCCCGGAGCAGCCGCCGCCGCCCCCGGAGCCCGAGGCGGUGCCCGAGCCUGUGCUGGAGCAGUGGCGCCAGUACCAGGAGAGCGACUGGCACUGGGGGCUGCGCCGCCAAUUCAUCCUCCGCCACCUGGCCAGUUACCCGGGCGCCGCCAUCGACCAGCUGCUGUCGCUCUCCGUGCUCUGGACCAACCACGUCUUCAUGGGCUGCAGGUAUGGCUCGCAAGUUAUGGAGAAAGUCCUCAAGAUGGCUGAAGGUAUCGAUAUUGGGGAGAUGCCAUCAUUCGAGCUGGUACCUCGUGCUAAGCCACCAAAAAGACCCUGCUCUCCACCUUACUCUCCCUAUGCCAAUCCAGAGCCUCCCAAAAAAGUCCUCCCCAGGUUCCGCGUGAGACCUCGUUUUGAGCCUGUACACUUUGUAGCCAGUAGUGAAAAAGAUGAAAGAAAAGAAGAGCCUUCAGACAACCAAACACAGGAAUCAAACAAGGAUGCAAACACAAACAGCACUGCCCAAACAGUCGAAAACUAUGUGGAUUUUGUUUUUAACAGUUUCAAUACCCAAGAAGCAGAUCCCCAGUUCUCCAACUCGGUGGGUUUUGGUUAUGCAAGUAGCCAGACAGCAGCCACCUGUGUGGUUUUGAACAGCAUGGACACUACCCAGAUUGGUGCUCCACAACUUUCCACUUCCUCUUCAGUUCUCCAAUCUUCAUCAGAUACUUUCCCCCAGUCAGUUAUAACAGCAAAGCAGUAUUUUAUUGACAGACUCUCAGCAGCAAUCUGGAAGAAUCUUGCUAACCCAGAUGCUAACACUGGGACUGAUAAAAUUAACUAUACGUAUUUGUUGACUCGGUCAAUUCAGGCAUGUAAGACAAAUCCUGAAUAUAUUUAUGCUCCUCUAAAAGAAAUUGCCCCUGCCGACCUCCCAAAAAAUAAGAAGCUUCCGACAGAUGGUUUUGCUUGUGAAGUGAGAUGCCAAAAUGUCUACUUAACCACUGGUUAUGCUGGCAGCAAAAAUGGAUCCAGGGAUCGAGCCACAGAAUUAGCAGUCAAGCUAUUGCAAAAGUCUGUGGAAGUUAAAGUUGCUCAGCGGAAGUUCAAACAUACCUAUCGAGAGGACUUAAUAGUAUGUGAGUCUGGCACAUGCCCGCCGGAAUUGCCUCCUGCUCUCAAACAGCUUGAUGACUUUCUAGCUGCCAACAAAGAUUUUUCAUCUGGGCAGUCUGGUUCUGAUCCCUUGCAAGGUUCUAGUAGUUCAACCAAACACUGGACUAAUUUUGUCCUCACAGAAAAUGCUAGCGAUGCUAUAGGGAUACUUAACAACUCGGCUUCAUUUAACAAAAUGUCAGUUGAAUACAAAUAUGACUUAAUGUCAAACCGCUCGUGGCGCUGUAGGGUGUAUUUACAGGACCACUGCUUAGCCGAGGGAUAUGGCAGUAAGAAAACUAGCAAACAUGCAGCUGCAGAUGAGGCUUUGAAAAUUCUUCAGAAGAUGCAGUCCAAUGUGACACCCAUCAAAACAACCCAGGUUCAGAAAGUGGGCUGUUCAUCCCGGAGUUCUGGCAAAAAGAAAGACCUGAAGGAUCUUGUUAUCUAUGAGAACUCUGAGAAUCCUGUGUGCACGCUGAACGACACUGCUCAGUUCAACAAGAUGACAGUGGAGUAUGUCUUCGAAAGGAUGACGGGCAUGCGGUGGAAGUGCAAGGUGAUGCUAGAAAAUGAGUUCAUCGCUGAAGCAGUUGGGGUUAAGAAAUCUGUGAAGCAUGAGGCGGCAGAGGAAGCUGUGAAAAUCCUCAAAAAGACACAGCCGACUGUCGUCAAUAACCUGAAGAAGGGCACCGUCGAAGAUGUCAUCUCAAGAAAUGAGAUUCGGGGCCGCUCAGCAGAAGAGGCUUUCAAACAGAAGAUUAAAGAAGACAACAUAGGGAAUCAGAUUUUAAGAAAAAUGGGCUGGACAGGUGGUGGGUUAGGGAAAGAUGGCGAAGGGAUACGAGAGCCUAUUGCAGUGAAGGAGCAAUUUAAAAGGGAAGGACUCGGGCUUGAUGUGGAAAGGGUGAACAAAAUUGCUAAAAGAGAUAUUGAGCAGAUCAUUCGAAAUUAUGCACGCUCAGAUAGUCAUGUUGACUUGACUUUUUCUACAGAACUCACCAAUGAUGAGCGGAAGCAGAUACAUCAAAUUGCCCAAAAAUACGGUCUUAAAAGUAAAUCCCAUGGGCAGGGCCAUGAUAGAUUUUUGGUGGUAAGCAGAAAGAGACGCAAGGAAGACUUAUUAGACCAACUGAAGCAAGAAGGCCAUGUUGGGCAUUAUGAACUUAUUAUGCCUCAAGCUAAUUGAGCUUCAUGGUGUCCAAUUUCAUUGGUGAAUGCAUAAGGAGAUGGAGUUUCCUAGAUCCCUAAUUAAAGAAACAGAUGCUGCAUUUUCUUGUUGUGGGAUAUAUUAUUAUGUUUUACUUUGCUCAUUUAAUUUCUAAAACUUUAUUAGAAAAAGAACUUACAAAGUUCUGUCCAAUUGUAUUAGCACAGCCCAGCAGCCAAUAGUGCAGUUACUGUAUGUGUCUUUGAUAUUGUUCCUUCCCAUUUUAAUAGUUUUGUAAUAGCAAAAACACGUCCAACCACAAAAAAAUUGACACCGUUUAAAAUGAUAGUUCCCUUUUCUUUUUGCCCCAGGAAAGAAAUUUUGCCUUUUAAAAACAGGGGAAAUGCAGUUCAGAGGAAAAAAUAUGUAAAGUUGGUAUUAACUACAAUAAAAAUACAGUUUUAUUUCCAGAAAAAACAGGAUUUGCCACAUUUUGUAUGUAUCUUAAAUUUUGUGUGAAACCUCAAUUCUAGAAGAGUUAGCAAAGUAAAAUGUCUCUACCUUGUGUGUGUGUGUUUAUGUGGGGAAAAGUCUUUAACCAGCUUAACGAUACAACUUUCUUUAUAACUAGUGUUCCAGUUUAUUCAUAAAUUUUUUUGCCAUAAUUUGAGAAUUAAUGAAUGCACCCUAAUCAACUUUGUACUAAACUGAGUUAAUACUGGAAGUAUUUUUACCUAGAAGUACUGCUUGACAUGUGCAAAUGCCAUGGUGGCAUGUAAAAACCUAUUUUUGCUUGGACUCUGAGCUCUUAACCCUGAGCAAAAUCAAAUUGUGCUUCAUUAUUUCUAUCCACUACGUUAAUAUAUCUGUCUGUCAAGGACAGAUUCACACGUAAAAGUCUUGUGCUGCUCCAAUAUGUGGUUUGAGUGUGGAGUGUCUCCAGGACUGGCCCAUCUGGGCUAGAAGAGCCCUCUGCCUGAAGAACAAAUAGUUGGCUGCUGCAAGUCACCAUUUUGGGGAUGUGUCCUUCCACCAUUGCUGAACUUUUGGGAACCUUCCAAAAACCAGUCCCUGAGCCAUGCUUUUUAAAACCGAUUAAAACAACCUCUGGGUGAAGCAACUAUAAAUUCUCCUGUAGGUGCUGCUUGUUCAGAUGGGACCUCCUGUGUCUUUUCCAGCUUGAAUAUCAGAUUCACUCAGCCAGCUAUGAUAGAUAUUCCUCAGUAGCCACUCUCCUGUUUGUCCCUGUGCUUCACUUUAUCAUUCCUGCCUCCCAUAUCUGCCUCUCCAUCUGUUUACAUUGCCCUCUAGGUCAGUCCAUCCUCCUGUGUUGCCUUUAAUACCCUUGGCUUUGAGGAGAGGGGGAGUGGCCCCAACUGGCACUGCAGAAGAUCCUGGUGGCUCAAAUCUCACAGAUGUGAAAAUAGAGGCUCAUCUUGAAGAACUCAUUACAGUUGACAACCCAAUAAGACCAGGGAAAAGAAAAGUUAAUUCUUCCUGCAGUACUUACAAAUGCAGUGGGGUCUAAAACCAGCAGUAGAAGUAAGUGACCAGCCUGGACAGAUCAGCACUCUAGUAAUAUCAGUUAAAAAUGUAUAUAUGUAUAUAAACAUCCCUUUUAUCAAGCUACACAUAAGCAUCACUGUGUAUAACACAAUUACAAUUAAAAGCUUAGUGUACACUACAGAAAUGCACAAUACUGCCCUAAGACUGGAGAAGGAGGACCACUGAAAAAUGAAUUCAGCAUCAGUAAUUCUUUUGCAAGUAACCCACGUACAGUACAUUUGACUUCAAAAUGGGUGCUUUCUGAUGUCCAAGGAAGGGAAGCUUCAGCAAGGGAGAGUGGCAACAGCACAACAGCUAGUUUGCGUUCAAAGUAAAUGCAAUGAUGCUAGGAGGAAGAUGACUCGGACACUUCAUAUAUUUUCCUCAUCACCAGAGUGUUCAUUUGCAUCAUCCAGGGUCAACAAUCACGCCAACUCUGUUCUACUAUUGCAGAAACCCGUUUUUCAUAUUCCCGCUUAUUCUCUUGGUAUAGUUGAGCUGCCUGACUGUUUGCUGGACUGUUGGGAUUUGGCUCAUCCAACAGAGACUAUUAAAAAACAAAAAAAAAAUCCUGUCAGUUUCAUAAGUAUAACACUUAAACUUCUUUCCAGUAAUUAGUUCAAAAAAGUGUGUCGCAUGUUCCUCCUGCUCACUGUACUCAAGCUGUGUAACCACAAAAUAUUGCAGUGUAGUCUGGGUUAUUUGCUAUUAUCACAGAUAUAAGACCCUCAUCUUUCACAUGAGAAGAUUGAAAUAUAUAACCAGUGUUCUGUUACCAUAACACUAUUCCCAUUAUAGGUUCUAAAGUCUAAAAGAUGUCUCUCCUGGUUUUACAUUCCCCAGUUAAAUCAAAACAACAAAGCACAUAGUACAAGACCUGAUGAACAUAACUGUCAUUGGGUACUUAACUCUCUCCCCACCUGCCCUCUACCAAAAGACUCUCUAAUUGAUUAGAAUCAUUAGCAGGGGUAAUGAAUUAUUGUAUGUCAAGGUCCAGACUCAGAAAAAAAUACAACAAUACUGGUAAGAAAAUAAAAAGGAUGUCCAUUCAAAAGCAUCUGGUGGUCCAGAUUUGGCCAAUGCUCUGUCUAUUGCUUACCCCUGCAUUAGACUGUUUAAGUCUGUUGCUUGUUCUUAAGGUAAACAAAGCAGAAUGGGGUUAAUUUGUGGCAGAAACUUUGCUCAGAAUUAGAUUUUUGUCUUUAACUGAGAUGUGUCAUAGCAACUUUACAUGCAAGUACAGGAUUACAAUAAAUGCUGGAAAGUCAUUUUACCUGUAUGGAUGUUAAGAUGGAGGACACAUCAUAGGUUGGACUCCAACGAUUCUGAAGAAUAUCCAGACAUAUACUACCAUCUGCGUAGACUAGAAGAGGGGUUAAAAAGAAUGGUUGUAUAACAAUAUAAGGUGUGAUAAGAUUGAGGAUAGGGUUCAAAAAAACAAAAAACACAGAAGUGCACACCAAAUUUUUGCCAGCAUUACUCAGUCUUCAGAAGCCUACAUAAUGAAACUCAGUAACUUGUUCUAAUAUAUGUCACAAGCCUUAAAGUUGAUGAAAUUUGUUAACAGAAAAAUGACCCCUGAUCUCUUGAAAAAAAGUCAGACUUGUUGCUAAGGAGAAUUGCCUAGAAAUUAAGUAAUAUUUUUAGACUGCUUAUUAAAAAACAAAACAAAACCACCACACCACACACACCCAACUUGCUCCCUUGUGACUUCACAGUUAGGGGCCAUGAAGAGGUCUCUAUCAUGCUACUUCAAGCAAGGAUUAAGUAGCAGAAACAAGUUUACUUUGAAGGAACAAUUGUUUUCAUGCAGGUGACUAUAGUAACUAAACAAGGAACACAGAAGCAAGAAAUUGUUUAAGGUGUCUUUCCACUCACUAAUUUAAGGAACCCUCCCCCAGUUAAUAGUGCAAUUGAGCCAUACCUGAUUAGCAACUGAACAUGAAAGUUCUAUGGUGGUUCUAUUUUUAUUCAUGUACCCAGCAAAUGUUUAAUGAAAAGCCUUUGGAAUUAAAGAGAGUUAUGCAGGCCACAAUGCCAUAUUUGUUAGUCAGCAGCUACAGCUGGAAGCAAGAAUAGUAUCCAAGAUUAAGGAAUGCAAUCUGACAUUGAAUUGAAAUAUCCACUCCUGAAGGCAGCCACCGAAACAGAGAAAACAAUCUAGCUAGCUUUGAUUGUACAAGCCACAGUUCUGAAUGCAGAGAGAGAGGAGACUCUAUAAAAAACACUGCAUCUGAUAUUAUAAACCACCAUGGUACUGAAGCAUAGACAGAGCUGUUGAGAGAUGCAGGUUUCACAGAAAAGGUCAAAUUCAGCUUAUAAAGUGACGAACGUAAACUUUAAGAGUACUGUUAUGCCUGUAAAUGUUAACAUGUAUUUACAAAGAUUAUUUUGCAUGAGGCCACAUAAGGACAAAGAGGAUCCCACUGAGUUUUUUUUUUUGUUUUGUUUUGUUUUUAAAAGGGAAAUUGAUGUAGCAAAGUCAUAAAAUGGAAUGCUGUGACCUCAAGCAUUUUUGUUUUUAAAAAAAGGACAACGUUCACAUAAGAUUCCACUUAUUCUGGUUAACUGAAUUAACCAGACUUUGUGUAAAUGAACAUGAUUCCCUUCCCUUCCCUCCCCUCCGCGUGGAAGGCUUCUUUGUCCUCUGACCCAGAGAAAUUCUCUGAGCAAACAAACAGAUGUUUAACCAGAAAUACAGUAGCCAAAUAAGAUGGGAGCCUAAGGGAUUCACAUAACACUGCCCCAUAAGAGUUGUGAAUCAAGGGAGUUCUCCCCCUGCCCUAGAGUCUGAGUGUUACAGGAUGGAGCAGGGAUUGGAUGUGGCUCAAGUAUCAGAAUGAGAGCUAGUUCACUUGUUACAUAAAAACAAAGAUGUUUAUAAAAAGAUUACACUGUCUAAUCAGCAAGCAUUAUUUUUUUUACUCUAAGUGCUGUAAUAAGCCACAAACUACAGAAUGAUUGCAUCUUAUAUGGGUACUUACCAUUUGGAUGAAACAUUUUAGAGACAAAUCUAACGGUAGGUGGCUUAUUUGGAUAUUCUUCUGUGAAUUCUAUUGUAAGUUUGAAAGUUCCUGGAGUUGAAAGAGAAAAUUAUAAAUAACUUUGUUCAAGGACAUCCAUAUGCUUCACAAGGGAUGGGCAAGUAUCCUCCAUUUAUAGAUGGAGUAUAGAGAGGUCCAAUGCAUUAUCCUAACAUCACAUACAAAGUUGGAAAUCAAAUUCAAGCUGUUCAACUCCACCAUUCCUCUGCUUUAAAUCCUAGACCAUGCCUCAUAUUUUGAGAGGCCUCUCCAAAUAAAAGAAUAUUCACCAUUAUUCUGUUAUGCAGAACUGUCCUACUCAGACUAUUCAGAAAUUUUAGGUGAGGAAAUAAGUCCGUUCUCAGUAUCCUGCCAAAGAUCUCGUUCUCUUUAGAAUAGCUCUUAAAUAUCCGGAAGCAUAGAAAAUGGUUGUUCUGCAAGUCCAGAAGAUUGUUCUUCCCUGCAAAGCAGAUUCCUAAUAUUCCAUUCCCAACAAUACAUAAUUGGACUUAUUUUUGUUUUGAAGCUUGAUGCUUGUAAUAGUAUUUUUAAGAGAUCACAUUUCUAGGAGCCUAAUGCACUUGACUUCCCUUGUACAUCAAGUUGCUUGGAACCUUUCUGCAACAUUGUCCACUUGCAGAAUCCAUGGUAAUCUGCCUUGAGGAGCCAAUAUAAAGAAGUUUUGGAGGGUCAAUUAUCUGCAAGCCAUUUGGUGCAAUCAGAGCAAUUCUGUAUGGCUUGAGACUACCAAAACUUGUGCCCCUUAAGAAACAUGUUAAAAUGAGACAAGAACAGAUGGUUAAAUCCUUUGAGCCCAACAACCUUAACGUAGCUUCUGCUGAUACAGGCUAUUUUUGUCCUUCUCCUAAAGCUAUGACAAUGUGGGGAAAUAAGUCAGGCAACUAAGCUGCAGACAAGCAGAGUCCCACAUAUUGUGAGUGCUAACAAAAAUUCAAGUAGGACUGAGUGAAUGAUGAACUCUAGAAACACCAAUCACUUGGAAGUGAAUACACGGAAUUUUUUUUUUUUUUUUUUUUAAUUAAAACAGUACUAUCCUCGAUCCACCAAAUC